AUGGCUGCCGAGUCUCUACUACCUCCUGCUCCCCAGAUCGACGGCGAGGCGAUGCUCCAAAUCUUCGUUCAUUCCUCAGUCAGGUUCCAUGAUGCCCCGCUCGACGCAAACACUCCCUACGGAGACGGAAAGAGACUCGCCUUCAUCGGAGGGAGAGCGUUGGAGGCAGCCUACGCGCUCAUCUCCUCCAACAAACACCCACUGCCGACCGCGGAAGCGCUCGAGGAGGAGGUGAGCAAACUGCAGGAGCAAGUGGAGAAGUGGGUGGAAGGGUACAAAUGGCGGGAAAUGGUGCGCCACGCGAACGACGUGGACCUCCGAACACCGGAAGAGACGCGCUACCUUAUGGAUGCCUACGUUGGCGCAGUCCUCGUCGGGAGUGGUUUCCAGGCUGUCCUCAACUGGAUAGCUACACUCGUUGAUCCCAGUCGCGCGGCGGAGCUGGUAGCCACCGUGCCGAGGUCCCCCGACCGCAGGCGUUUUGCCUAA